UAUAGUACUGGUAUUUGAAAAAAGGAUUCUUGUUAUCUUUUAAAUUAAGCAUAUACAAGACGUGAAACCAAAUCUUUAAUAUUUUCUAAAUGGGAAAUUAUCGAGAUGAUCUUAAAAAAAAGAAACAUCACUUUAAAUCCCAUAUACUGAAAUUACCAUCAUGUUGUCUAAACAACCCACAUGACAUUGGGCCAUUCUAAGUGUAACCAGUAAUAACAUGAAAGCGUUGCGCAUUUGGCUGUCUCAUAGCAUAAAACCAACUUUGAUCAGCAAAUACAUCACAAAAUAUAAAAGCUUAACCGAAAAUGAUCAAAAAGAAAGACAAAUGAAGAGACCCAUUCAAAAACCCAUCAUUUUGAUUAGCUGAUACUUAAUUAUUUUUGGUAUAAUAAUGCGUGUAAAAAAUUGCUUUGCGUCCGGAUAAACGUUCCCUUAAAACUUUCCCUCCCGGUGCUUACAUUCCCUCGUACAAUUUAUCUCAAUAAGAAAAUCCGUCGAUACUAACAAACAUACCGAUUCAAGGUAAAUAUUCAGAGAAUCUUAUUACGAAAUUAGAGCAAACGCCAUUUACAGCCUUUGUUAAUACUAAAGCAUUUACGAGUAUUUGAAUGCAUUGUACUAAAAAGCCGCAAGUUUUCAUUCGGCUAAAAGGGGCUUGCUCUAUAAAGUAAUACAAUGCAUAUAUAUUAACCUUUAAUUUCAAUCUCCCCGGUGCAACGCUGCUUACAUAGGAAGUCUCACACCUGUCGACCGCCUCUUAACUGUUCUUGCAAAAUAUUAUUGUAACCGUGAAAAUGCGCUUCUCGACUUCUUUUCAAAUACUAUCUACCCACUAUUUGCGCGAAAGGGCCCUGUUGAGCGUUCAGAAAACAAACAAAAAAUUGCUGUCGGAAAUAGAAAAUGGAUUCACCUUGAAAACUGUCAUUCGCCUUAUUCUCUAGAUCUUAGACUUGAUUAGAUGUAGCUUAUAACCUAAGAGCACAUCUAUAAAGACAAAUUUGUCCAAACUUUACUAGAUUCUUCUUUUCCAAGCAAGAGGCAAUAUAAGUUGUAAAUGGACAUUUUGAGGGUGGCGUGAAAGGAUAUCGGCUAUUGGAUUGUUGUUUUGUUUCAAGUCUGUAAAGAUUUGGAUAGAACAAGUUGUGGAAUAAUGAAAUGCCAUUUUGUCGAUGAAAUAGGCUUCAUUAUUUGUGCAGUUCGUAGUUGGCAGAUGUCACUCACGAAUCGUGUUACGUCACUAAGCCCUUAACACAAACCGUUUCCUGACAGAACGAAGACCAUCUCACAAUUUAUUGUGUCGUACCUACAGUCCCUAAAACGAAACAAAAAAUGAAAACAUUGCAAAACUAGCACGACAAAGCCACAGCUACCCGAUCAGCUUGUACAAAUGGCGGAUUUACUUAAGAAAACCUUGUGUUCGUCGGUUUAUUGCUUUGGGGUAUUUUUCUUGAUGAUAAAUCCGGUCUUAUCAAUAUCGUACCACAUCGACACGUCCGCAGCAAUCAUUAAAGGUGGCGGCAAAAAUGUUACUGGAACUAAAGAACAACGUUACUUUGUCGGCCCCAACCAGGCUUCAUGGAACUACUCAGUCGCUGUAUUCAACUUAACAUUACAUAAAGACAUCUUUGAAAAGGAGAACGAUAUCACCAUCAACGGGACGGACGCCUUGUCAAUCCACACAAGAGGGGACUUUGAUCUCAGGACGAAGCUUGAUGUGAGUGGUAGACAAAUCGACGCGUCGGACAGCAAGCUGUACUUCAUCGGAGGAUUCAUUCGCACGAGCAAUUCAUGCUGCGUGCUCGGAGCUGGGCCCGGUGCAGGGUUCAGUUAUCAUGGCGGAGGGCAUGGCGGUAGAGGAGGGGGGUUUUACCAGGAUCGGAAUACUUCACGGUACUACGGAUGGGAGUACCACGAUAUGGGCUACCUGUUGGGCGGUAGCACAGGGACGGUGCUUUUCUCCAGCAAGCCAGGCUCAGGCGGGGGAGCGAUUGAAAUCGUGACUGAUGGAAAAUUAACUGUUGGUGCGACAAUCAGCUCCGAUGGUCAUACUUCUAGCAACACGUCGACUCCGCACUGCGCUGGCGGAAGCUCUGGAGGACUAAUUCGCCUAGUGGCAAAUAAGGUGGUGUUUGAGGGUGAAGAAGGCAAGCUGAGUGUCAUCGGAGGAAAUAGCGGUUUUAGCACGAACCACUCCGGCCACUGCGGCGGUGGGGGUGGGGGUGGGGUGAUACAGGUCUUUCACAGAACCCCUGACGAUUCUCAAAUCAGCGACAGGAGAAAAAUGCUGACGUCAGGAGGAAAGGGAUUGGCUAAUGGAGAAGAUGGCGUCAGAUGGGCUGGAGUAUUCUUCGACAGCGGAGACAUUGAAAUCAACUCUUCAAGUUGUCAAAUGAAGUGGAAGUCCGUUUUGCUACACCAGGGUGCAGUUGAAAGCCGAACCUACAACACACCAAACGGUGAUGCUUUCGACUACAAAGUGUGCCACUUUAAGUUCCACUCCUCGGUACACUUAGGAAAGAACACUAAUGUCCAAGUCGUCGGAGAUGACGCGAUAAAGAUCAGUAGUACUACUGGGAACGUUGAAAUCUACUGUAAAAUUGAUUUGAACGCAGGCUCAGGAAUUAACAAUGUAGCGAGAUACCGCGGAGGUUUCGUCAAAAACAAGGUUGACGGCAAACACGAUGGUCCUGCGGGCGUGACCAACUGCAGCGUGACAGGUCUGUACGAGCACGACUUCAGAGCGUUACUAGGCGGCAGCGUGUGUAGUGGAGCUUCUUCCGGAGAUAAACUGGCGUCAGGAGGAGGAGCUAUUGAAUUGGUCGCUUUAGAUGGACACGUGAAAAUUGGUUCGGAGAUCACCGCUAAUGGUUAUACUGGUGACUUUAGUCUUCUUGGAGGGAUGGGAGGAACAAUCAGAGUCGAAGGAAAAUGGGUGGUACUCGACAGGAGCGCAAAACUGUCCGCCAAGCCCUCCAAAGGCGCUCUCGCCAGCGGUGGUGUCAUUCAGAUCAAGAGCCUGUAUGAUAUCGAGGGGAUGUGUGAGUCGAAGAUUGACGUUACUGGGUUACGUAACGGCCUUGCUACCGUAAUGGUAACUGCCAAGCAGUCAUACCAAGUCCAGCUCAUCAGGUCAGGUCAGCUGACCAUCGACACGAGUACCCGGAUGUGGAUCCACCGCGCAGAACCCAAUUCCACGAUAGCGUACGCGCACGAGGGUGACGGGAUACCGUCACGCAACGUCACGGAGUUCCAGUUCAGGGUGCCCAUCAUCAUCAAUGGAUCGUCAGAGGUGCACGUGACAGGAGGCCCCGCCCUCUCCAUUAAGAGCAGUGAGGGCAUGUAUAUCGGCGCUGACCUUCACCUUGGCAAGGACGUCAAUGGCGCGUAUGUUCAAGGCUCGUUCAUUGGUGGCUUUUGUACCCACAACAAAGCAGAAUCGACAGGACGAGGCCCAGGAGGUGGUUUCCAUGGCAACCUGACAGGAGCAGGCCACGGUGGAAAGGGCGGAGGUCUGAUCGAACUUGGUGGCGUCACGUACGGAGAGGAUUAUGGGUACGAUCCCGUCAAGCUAAUAGGCGGCAGUACAGGCGGUGGACUGGGUUCGAGUUUGGGUUGUGGUGGAGGCGCUAUAAGCAUUGAAUCAACGAAAAAUGUGACGAUAGCUGCGUCAAUAACUGCAAACGGAUUCCGUAAGCAAGUUGAAGCCGGUUCUUCAUUUGGCGGUAGCAGCGGUGGAACGAUUAUCCUAAAAGGCAAACAGGUCAUUCUUAUGGAUAAUGCCCAGUUGGGAGUGAAUGGCAGCAAUGCGCACCCCCCUGGAAGUAGCGCAACGGGCGGGGGAGCAGGAGGAGUCAUUGUCAUCGAAAGCUCGUCUGUGAUUGGGCAAUUACCGAAACCCGAGAGUGACGCAAGAGGGGGCGAAGGCGGGGUCAGCGGCGAGAACGGGGUUGUUAUUAUCAAUGGAAAACUUAGCCGUUACCCGCCACCCGGGAUGGUACGCUCCAGAAAUUACACCGGGUGCUUCAGAUUAACAGGGGGCGACGCUAAACCCCUGCCCCUCAUGGCCCAUGAUGCCACGCCCACAGCGUGCGUCCUCAAGUGCCUGUCAGCGGGUUAUGAGGAGGCCUUUAUACGUGGCAAGGACUGUAAGUGUUUCAUCAAGGCUCAGACGGAGGAGGUGGCGGAAGAGAGUUGUAACGCCACUUGCCCUGCGAGCAGUAGGUUCUACUGUGGCGGGAAAAUGAGCGAAGUCUUUAGCAUGUAUCGCACAGGUUACGUUCGACCACUUCCGACGACCGCGCCCACCCCGCGUCCAGUUGACGAGCCCACAGAAGAGUUCAAAAAGUUGUCCCAAAAGACGAUAACAUCCUCGAAUUCGGAGACAAUAGUGCAGGACCUGAAUAACCUGACAACGAACAGCUCGCUCAACGGCGGGGAUACAUGGGUAGCGGUUAACGUGCUGGUGAAAUUAGCGACGGGGAAGGUCCUAGCAACGGCAAACGUCACUCAAGCCAAAGCAACAGGGCAGGCCGUGAUCGAGAUUGCAAGUUCAUUGAUGAGCCCUGAAAAUAGAGGGAGCUGGGGACUGCUGGAAUCACGGAAUUCAACCAAAAAGGCCUCCCCAUAUACUAUCCUACACUCGAUCGAACAGAUUGCUAUGGACCUUGGAUCUAAUCUUUCUGAGCAGACCAACGUCACCGUGGAGACAAAGACCAUAGCUAUGGGCAUCGAGGUGUGCUCCUUGGAUAACUUCAAGGGUGGUUUUUACCCUCGCUAUGACCGUCUAACAAGCAAAUGGGUGUCAGACGACCAGAUAUAUGUGCCGCGAGAGACUGUGGACGAGUUCAGGGCGUCAGGUGAAACGAAGACGACGGCCGUGUAUGUGCUUUACCAUGGCAUUACAGAUCUACUUAACACUGGUAUUUGGGAGCAAAACACGUACCUCAACUCUAAGGUGAUGGCGUUCGGUUUUGACAAAGUUCUCCACAAACAGCUACAACUACCCGUAAAAAUGACCUUCCGCAAAUACGAGGAUUGGACGAAUAUCACAAAGACGCGGUGUUCCUUCCUUGAUUUUAGACAAUCGUCGGCAGGCAACUGGUCGAGUUCUGGUUGUAAGAUGACGUCAGACCCCGAUGAGCGAUUAGCGCAGUGUGAAUGUGACCAUCUUACCAAUUUCGCAAUUCUGAUGCAAGUCCACGAGUUUAAGAUUGACCGCGCUCACGAGAAAGCACUACAGCUCAUCACAUAUGUGGGGUGCGGAAUCUCGCUCUUCGGACUUGCUCUCACUUUGGCCACCUUCCUCUCUCUCGAAACCCUGGCGUCAGAACGAACAUCGAUCCACAAAAACCUCGUGGUGGCCAUCGGUCUUGCUCAGAUCAUUUUCCUGGCGGGAAUCGACGCCCCCAACCCGAUCGCAUGUAAAGUGGUGGCUCUGAGCCUGCACUACCUCUACACAGCGGCGUUCGCUUGGAUGUGCUGUGAGGGUGUUCAUCUCUACACAAAAGUGAUCGAGGUGUUUAGUUCCGAGGGAAGCAAGAUGAAGUACUACUACCUUCUAGGAUGGGGUGCGCCCUUAAUCAUCGUCAUUAUCUCAGCGGCUAUUCGCUUCGAGCAUUACGGUUCCGAGCAGGCAUGUUGGAUCUCUAUAAAAGAUGGCUUGAUCUGGGCAUUCGUUGGACCCGUCCUUGCAAUCAUGGCCGUGAACUUUGUUGUCAUGGUGAUGGUCAUCAAAGUCAUCCUUGCCUCUGUGACAUCAAUCCAAAAUCCCACAAACACCUCACAAGUGAAAGCGGGACUGAAGGGAAUGGUAGUCCUGUUACCACUGCUCGGUCUUACUUGGGUGUUUGGGCUGAUGGCUGUGGAUGAGAAGACGAUUGCCUUCCAGUACAUCUUUGCUAUUCUCAACUCACUACAGGGCCUAUUCAUUUUUGCCUUCCAUUGCAUUGGAAAUUCUGAGGUGCGGGUGGCCUACAAGAGACUGCACGAGAAGAGAACUCUCCAGAAAAGUCUGCCAGAACAUUCGCUAUCUAGCAUGCAACAUAAUAAGGACCUCAAACGCAGGAUGAAUUCCCGCGAAACCAACUCCACUGGCGACGAGGAUGUCAUCGUCACCAAGACGAUUCGCAGCGUUUCAGACGUCAAGUUAUCUGGAGACCACGUCCCCAUGCAAACUAGUCGACAACUACCGCUCGAGAAAGUUGUAGAAGAGACAGCCUCGACAGCGAUAACGCAAUCCGAUCACGCAACAAGAAAGACUCAUAACAAGAGAACGGAACCGCGCGACGCGGACGUCCCGCAACGUGUCACGCCAGGCAGGAGGUCAUGCUCUAUUGCGUAGAAAUAGAGUAGGUCAUGCGUGACGUAUUAGUCACGCAAGGCAAAAUGAUGUAGGAUAGGUCACGCUAGACACGUAAGCCACGCAAUGCA